GUACAGCUCGUGAGGUAGCUAGCUAGCUAGCCAGCCACCAAUGGCGUCGAGGACGUCGGUUUCCUGUGCCCUCUUCCUCGCCCUCAACCUCCUCCUCUUCGCCGUGACCAGCGCCUGCCCCUACUGCGGCGGCGGCGGCGGUGGCAGCCAUGGCCACAGCGGCGGCAGCAGUGGCGGCGGCGGAUACGGAGGCGGGAGUGGAGGCGGCGGCAGCGGAGGCGGAGGCUACGGAGGAGGCAGCGGCGGUGGUGGUGGGUACGGUGGCGUGCCGUCGACGAGCGGGUGGUACGGGAAGUGCCCGGCGGACGCGCUGAAGCUGGGGGUGUGCGCGAACGUGCUGGACCUGAUAAAGGCGAAGGUCGGCGUGCCGGCGACGGAGCCGUGCUGCCCGCUGCUGAACGGGCUGGUCGACCUGGAGGCGGCGGUGUGCCUGUGCACCGCCAUCAAGGCCAACGUGCUGGGCAUCAACCUCAACCUCCCCGUCCACCUCAGCCUCAUCCUCAACUUCUGCGGCAAGGGCAUCCCCACCGGCUUCAUGUGCUCCUAAUCAAUCACCAUCCCAUCAUACAACAUUUCCAUCCGCCAUUGUUAGCUAAGCAUUUCACAUCUUCUUGAUCUGCGAGUCCUUAAUAAUCUACAUUAAUGUCGUCGUCGUCGUUGCCAACAAGGUCCCUGUUUCGAAUUGAGUCGUCGUUGUGGUGUAGGUAGUGCAUGGCAUCGUAUCUUUGAUGCAUAUUUGUGUGUGUGUGUUUUGUUUGCCAGUUCGUGUCGUUGUAUGCCUCGUUUAGUUUUUCCCUGUUUCGAAUUCAAAAGAUGGCACCGGAACAAUUGAUCCAGGUUUUGCAAAAAUUCUCUUGUCAACAUGAAUGGUUC